AUGGCGCUGAGCAUCCGCUCGUUCUCCAUCACGGACGCCGAGAGGCGUCCUUCGCGGAGGGCGUGGCGGGACGUGGCGGCGGGCGGCGGCGGGCAGCACUACGGCGACGAGUACAAGAAGGAGAGCGCGGGCGACGGCGACGGCCAGGGCACGGACGGCUACGCGGGCGUCCUCCCGUCCGCCCACUUCGACGUGGCGUGCUACGAGGCUGCGGGCGGCGACAGCGGCUUCCUGCACCAGCCUCACCCGGCCGCCCACGGAGGCUUUCCGGGCUCCCCUUUCCACGACGCCCGCACCACCUCCUCCGCGUCCUCCGACGCCCACGGCGACAAGGGACGGGGCUUCGCGGAGGCGUACGGGAGCUACCUGCACCACCAGUUCGGCGCCGGCGUGGCCGCCCACGAGGGCCUCCUGGGCGGCACGCCGCGCCACCAGACGCACCUCCACCUCCAGCACCCCCACCUCCACCCCGACAAGGCCCGGGCGGCCAGCGGCGGCCCCCCGCCCCCCGCCUCCUACUCGGCCUCGUCCCCGUCCUCCUCCAACUCCACCUCCACGUCGCUGGCGUCGUCGUCGCCCUCCUUCGCCCCCGCCUCCGCCGCCGGCGCCAUGCCCUCGCUGGCGGGCUCCACCAUCCUCCUGAACCCCAUGGCGCUGCUGGCGGACUCCGAGUGCGAGGGCGCCGCCGCCGGGCCCAAGAUGAGGCAGGAGUUCAGCACGCUCGACCUGGCGGCGCUGCAGGAGGAGGCGCACGAGGUCGUCAUCUGCGAGUGA